AUGGAGCCACCCGUGGCUCCCUGCCCACUGCUGCUCUCCAGCAAACGCGCUGCAUCCCAGCACCCGGCCGUCGCCGCUCCUCCAACUACGAGGGCCGGCUGCUGCUCUGCGCCUCGCCCCUGCUCCGAGCCGCCAGGGCCGUGUUCCGGCUGUCUUCGCGCUGGCCCGACCUCCCGAGGCACCCGCUUGCCGGCUCUGCCCCGCCGGGCCACCUCCGCCAGCGGCCGGGUGUGCCACGCCUCUCCCCGCGGCGGCCGACUGUGCCCCCAUGCCGGCUCGCCGCGUGGCCGACUGCCCCCCGCUCCGGUCGGCUCCGGUGGCCGCCCCGACACGCCUGGCCUCCUCUCCGUCUCGCGCCGCGCCGGCCGACGCCCCGGCCGCCUGCUCUGCCUCGCGCCGCGCCGGCUGCCUGGCCUCCUCUCCGCCUCGCUCCGUGCCGGCUGUGCCGCCCCUGGCGCCGGCUCCGCCAAGCCUCGUCCGGCUCCUGCGCACCACCACGCCCACGGGCCGCGCUCCUGGCCGCCUGCAACACCGUCGCCGCCUAGCGCCUCCCUGCAUCGCGCGGGGCUACCUGCUUGCGUCGCGCGCCUCCUCAGCAUCGCCCUGGCUGCUGCCGGCUGCAUCCGCCUUGCCUCCGCCGGCGUCCACCCGCGCCCCGAGCUCGGCCUCCCGUCGCCGGCGCCGCUUGGCCCUGCUUCCGGCCUCUCCGUGCCGGCUCCUCCCCGCCGGGUGCUCCGCGCCGGCUCCUCCCCGCCGGGUGCUCCGCGCCGGUCCUCUCCGCCGGGUCCGGCUUCCUGA